UGUUUUUCAAAUUCACAUUAUUAAAUCAAGACAUGCGCUAUAUAUUUUUUACGCUGCACUUGCACUCGGCUCAAUCAUAACGCGGGAAUUUUUCUUCGAAACAGGUAAUUUAAAUAUCACGUUACGUCAUUGAGUAAGUAUAGGUAUACAUGUGAGUGUGAAGGAAAUAUUGCUUGGAGAAUUGGCAAUCGAACGAUAUGUAAUAAUCCAUUGAUCUUACGGAGAUUAGAUUAACGAGCAAUAUUCCUCGAAUCUUGACCGUAUCGUAUAAUCUCAACCUUGCUGCAAUUUAUCUCAUUUUCGUGCGCGCUGCACAAUCAUUAGCUAAAACCAAUGAGCUUGCACAUACUGCAUAUUGUACAUGGGAUGGGCAUGUGCAGCCUUUUAUCGUGGUGGAUCAUAUUGAAGUAUAAUAAUGGACAAUGUGAUAUCGUAACUAAACACCCUACGAAUGUUGGAGUUUUAUUGAUUAAUUGUGAUGAUAAAAAUCCGACAAAUAAAAAGAAAAAAUGGUGUAUAGUUUCGGGUUAAUUGUAAUGAAUAAUAAAUUUGCUCAAAAAUUACAAAUCCUACUUUCGCGGUCUGUGAGCUCAUACGUGAUAAUCAGAAAAUGAGUUUAUGGAUCUCGCAGCAAGGACAAUUCAGGGAUCUAUAAGAAAAAUGAGAAAUGGCAAAGUUUAUCAAACUUAAAAAUGAUCCAACGGCUGGAUAAAUUUUUUUCUCCGUGGAAUUACGCGAUUUACAGACAUGCGCAACGCACGUUCAAGAGUUAAGUUAUCUGUGCAAACAACAUCACGCUGCUUCCAAGCACGUAUCACUUUCCACUGACUUAUACGUAAACGACGAGACUCGUAUUUUAAUGCUUCGACCGUACAUAUACCUUUAUGUUUUUACAAUCGGUUAAACAAUACCAUAGCAAGGAUAAAGGUUCUUGAUUCAUCAUCGAGGCUCGAGUUGAUUCUAACUUUGAUUCGUAUCAACCGCGAGGCAUAGUUCUUUCGAUUUUGAAAAGAAAACUAUCAGUUUUCAAAGUUCAAAUCGUAUCACUUUAUAAUACAUGAAAUAUUCACUAACAAUUUGGAAAACUGUUCCGUCUACGAUUUCCAAAAUAAAAGCACACAUACGUAUUUAUUCUUAUUUCCAGUUUCCCGCGUUGUGUAGUAAUCGGUCGAAAUAUUGAAAUAUACGUUAGUGGAUCACUGAAUAACUAGAUGACAAAAAAUAGGUAAAAGAUACAAAUGGAAAGAAGCAUAAUAAUUCUGAUCCGCACGAGCGAUCGGUUAUCGUAAAUAUAAAGUUUUUUCGAAAUUGCGUGAAUGCGAUAACUCCUGCGAAAUUAUAAUUUCACUGCUUCUGUAGGGUAGUGUCUCAUGGUGCAGCGCAGCACUCGUGCAACUAUCCACGAAGAAGGUUUGCCGAAGAACUGAUGGCGCAGAAGUUCCUCAGUCUAAGAACUGGACGUCGUUCAGCUCUUUCACCUUUACCUGUGGUCCCCGUUGAGGUUGCAGAGAGGGGUGAUGCGGUGCUGUCUUUUUAACUUUGAGUCGCACCUACUUCGUUAGUUAUUACACUCCUUCUGGCCAAUCACCAAUCGUCCGUGAUAAUGGCGUCGUCGGUAUCAUUUUUGGGAGCGGUUUCUUACAUCGAGAAUAAUUUUCUCUGUACGCCGGUUAUUAAACCCAUUCCGAUACAGGUAUACGAAGGAUACACAGGCAUGUGUAUACAUAAAUUCUACACUUAUACCUACACCGGAAGACGAGUGCAGACGUCUGGCGUGCAGAGACUUCAAAAUUUAGUGUCCAUCUUCGGCUUUAGCAGCUCGCACGUGAAAUUCGGAGUCGAUGUAUCGAGGAGCGACGAUUUACGUUUCCCGAAAAAAAAACUUCCGAGGAUAUUUCUUCAGUCCGGGACGAAUUACCGUGACACAAGCGGGCACCCUGCAUCAGGUGGAAAAUACUGUACCGAGAAACCGGAAUAGAAGUAGGCCGUGCAAAUGAGUCUCUGCUCCGCACGGUCUCAAGUGUUAAUUGAUGAACAAACAGGUACAGUUUAAGUGAGAUGCUGAAAUGCCGGUCUAAAGAUUUAGAGAACUUAUACACGGGCUCGAUCAUACGCUAUACAAAAUCCGCAGAACUUCCUGGCGGAAUUUUUACCCCGUAUUAAUAACAGAUAACGGAGAACGAUUUUCAUUCAAUAUAAAGCAUGAUUCGGCUGAUUUUGGAUCCGGUAUUUAAAAAUCCAUUUGUUGGCAUCGUAAAACUCGCCUCAAGUUUUAUUGCAGACGUAGUUUCUAAGCUGUAACUGCAGCAGUACACCUCGCUUCGAUAUUAUACGUUAAUAAUUAAGACUGGUUAAAACCAAAGCGGUAAUUAUCUACACCUGCAAAUGGAAGUUCAGUCAACAACUUCAUUCGCGAAGAGUUAAUAAUUGUAACGCUCCAGGGUCGAGACUGAGAUAAUUCAAUUUCAUCGCGGCGGUAGUUUUUUCUUCUUUUCUUUUCAAAGUAAAAAUUAUGAAGCGAUGAUCAGAAAACUUCUGUCGAAGCAUCACUCAGCAUCAGGGAGCGGAAAUAAAAAUUCGAUCCAUUUUCAGGGCAGGUAUUGAUUACACCUGUGAUCUGUAUUAGCGUAAUUCUCUUCUUACCUGAUAAAAUAUGGCAUCCCCGAAUAUCUAUUUUAAAUACUCCGUUCAAUGUACGUGUACUUCGUGCAAGUCCACGAUAUUGUAUCGUAGAAAAAAUUCCAUAAUAUUCUUAACGACACAAAAUUUAUUACACAUCAUUUCACUAUUAUGAUUAAUGGUGCGUGAUCAGAAAUUUGACUUCGUGAGAUCAGUUCAGCUCGAUGCAGGAGUAGUAAGAAAAUACUCUGUAUGGAUAUCCGCGCGCGGAAUGUGUCGCACACAAAUCACUUACAACCAGGAAACUUCUCGGCUUGCUUUACGGGACCACCUGAGAGUCAAUAUUGACACACUAUAUUUCUUACAACGUUAACUGGUAAAAUAAGAAAUAUGUAUUAAAGGUAAGAUACUGCCGACGAGCACCGUGAAUUAUUCUUGAUUUAAAAAUGUAGCAAGUUACAACAAACUGUAUACACAUUGCAUAUCAGGUAUAUGUUUCGUUGGCCCGAUGGUCCGACAACUCGAAGGUAUGAUCUGUUCAAAUAUAAAUCACCAUUGAUUAAUCAUCCAACAACACGUAAGCAGGAAAUUACAUACGUAAUAUAAGUAGUAAACGGAAUUGUAUAACUCGAUCCUCUCCAUUCAUUUUCACUGUACCGCCACUCCUGUUUUUGUAUUGGGAGCAAAUGAGCACGUACCGCGCGCAUUAUCAGAUAUAAUUAUCUGAUGGUCAAUUGCUGGAUUCAAAAACUAUAGAUUCAUAUUCCCUGAAAA